AUGAAAUGUACAGUAGUUGGAAUCUUUCAUCAAACAUCUCGGACCGUCACUUUUGUUGGCGUGAACGAUCCUUUACCCAGAACCGAUGCUGCAUUUCGCGAGGGGGCGUAUGAGCUUCAUUACAAAGUUCGUUCGCCCUUGUUGGAUUUACAAGGAUUCAACAUAGUAGAAGACGUCAUUGUUGGUGACCGUCUUCACCUCAUAGAUUUAGGAGUGAUGAGAAAAUUGUUGUAUGGAUGGGCGUAUGGAAAGUGGGGUGCUGAAAAAUGGUCGGAGGGAACCUAUGGGGUUAUUUCCGAUCAUCUGACUCGCAUAAACUUGCCAUCGGAAAUCCAUCGCAAAUUUAGAACUUUGGAUGAUUUGAAGCAUUGGAAGGGUUCUGAAUAUGCAUCUUUUCUUCAUUAUGGUAGUGUUGUUAUUCUGAAUGAAAAAAUAAGUCCAGUUGCAUAUGAACACUUUAUGCUUCUUUAUUGUGCGGUUACUCUUUUAUCAUCAAGCGUGUACCAGUGCUAUUGGGAUGAAGCUAAUGAAAUGUUAAAGAAGUUUGUUUCCGAUUAUAAAGUAGUAUAUGGGGAUGGUUACGUAAGCAGUAACAUACAUAACUUGUUACAUGUUGCUGAUGAGGUUCAAAGACUCGGUCCGUUGCAUUCUUUAAAUGCAUACCCAUUUGAAAAUGAGCUGCAGCACAUGAAAAAACUUUUGAGAAAUGGACGAUCAAACCUGGAGCAAUUUAUUAAUCGCCUUUCUGAACUGGAUAGCUUCAACAUCCCCAAACAGCUUAUGAGCCCUGCCAAUGUAUUUUUAAAAGAGAACCAAAACAAUGUUAACCGCCGUUUAAACACGCCUGGAAUUCCAGGUGGCGGGAACGGGAAAAACCGUCGCUUUACGUUGUAUGUGAGAGAUUUUAUGUUGACUAAAGGUAAUCGUGAUGGUUGGUUUCGUAGCACACAAAAUGAUAUUAUUCAGUAUUGGACAGCUACAAAACCAUCACCUUCGGUGUGA